UGCACCCGCUGCUUUCUUCUACUUUGAUGAGCGCGUGGCUGGCUGUCUAUAAUAAGCAGCGAGGAGCGUAGCGUAAAUUUUACGCGCCUUGUUUCCAAUACGGGAAAGAACGUGACUCGUCGAUUAGAAAUAUUAACGCCGGUGUGGAGGGAGGGAGUGAGUCCACGCUGACUGAAAAACGCGGCGCACUUGUCUUGUCGAGAUUAGGAGCCGCCGGCACGCAGAGACACAGGGACUCAGGCGCAUGACACAAUAAUAAUAAUAAUAAUAAUAAUAAUAAAUAGUCUAAUAGACUAGUCUGCAUUCCCUUUUAUUUCUUCUCUUCUUUUCACUCUGUCGUGAUAUUAUUAUGUGAUAUCAAGGCAACUUCCGCCUCAAUGUCUGUAUUUUUUAAAAUAGCGGGCGACGAAGUGACGUUGUGCGAUAAGAGAGGAUGCGCGCGGCGCGAUGAGGAAGAGCCGCGGGCUGUAGAAUUAAGUUGCUGUAAUAAAUGCGGUCGCGCGGUUUCCGUGUAGCGGCUCGACCCGAGCUCUGCUUUUAUGUUAUUACUAGUAUAGUAUAGCGGGCCUGUGCUGUGUGUGCUGAGCACCGCCGGCGGCUGUUUUUCUGCGCGCUUUUUUCUCUUCUUCUUCUUGUCUUCACGCUCUUUCACUAAGUGCAAAAGCAGGUGGUGCUUCUAGUUAGAUCUGCUCAGCAUUUUCAACAGUUGGAGCCACUUAACCAGGCUCUUAGCGGAGCCUGAUUCUUACCUCGCGCGAUCGGCUUAGUUUGUAAGAGAGAGAAGCGCUCCGACACGUGUUUUGGGACGUAUUUUACGUAUAAUUAAUGCAGCAUUGUGUCUUUUUAAAAUAGCAUUAAUAUCGGUAUUACCGACAUUUCAGCGCCCUGUUUAAGCCGUUCUUCCUCCCCACGCGUGGAAUGGCUCCAUGCCGUGAUGUAGCGAGCUAAGAACUGGGUUACGCUCGGCGGAAGCCGCUUAAGUAUUUCAGCGCGCUUUCGUGAUGCGCGUCUUGUCGCUCUGCUGAGUGCGCGAGUCGUACGGGACGUGUGCGAUCCGUGAUUCUUUUUCGCACACUCGGGUCGGGUUUUUUUUUACCUCCCCCCCCAAGCAAAGCACAGAGAGGCUGACAUCCGUUCAGGUUUACCCACAAUGGAAGGACACGGCGAAGGGGGGAGUAUUGAAAAGCCGCCGCUGAUCGAACCCGUGUCCGGCUAUUCGGACUUAGUGAGCCGAGGCUACGCCGUGAUGCUCAGUGCCUUGAGGGACUGCACGGACUGUGGCGUGGAGCUCUCCAGAAGGACUCUCGUGAACAAUGCCCACAUCACCUGGAGCGAGGUGGGACUCUUCGUCCUGUGCGCCGUCCUGUGGACCACCGUGCGCCGCGCGCUCACCGCCUGUCUCUUUCAGCCGGCUGCACGGCGGUGUUUGCUGCUGCCCAACGAUGCUGCCAAGAUGCCCGAGAGUGCAUGGAAGCUCAUCUUCUAUUCCGUGUCUUGGUCCUACAGCACAUACUUGCUCUUUUUCUGCCAGUAUCCCUUCUUUCACGACCCACCUUCUGUUUUUUACGGCUGGACGAGCGGGAUGGGGGUUCCCGCUGACAUUGCCGUCGCCUACCUGAUCCAGGGAAGCUUCUAUGGCCACUCCAUAUAUGCCACGAUGUACAUGGAUGCCUGGAGGAAAGACUCCAUCGUUAUGAUCGUGCACCACGUCAUCACAUUGGCCCUCAUUACCUUCUCUUAUGCUUUCAGGUACCACAGCAUCGGCAUUCUGGUCCUGUUCCUUCACGAUCUCAAUGACAUCCUGCUGGAGUUCACGAAGCUCAACGUCUACUUCAAGAGCAGAGGGGGACAUUACCACCUGGUCAACGACAUGCUGUCCACCGUGGGUUUCAUAAGCUUUGGCAUCACGUGGUUUUGGUUCCGCCUGUACUGGUUUCCUCUCAAAGUGCUGUACGCCUCCAUCGUAACCAGUGUCCAGUCUGUCCCGAGUAUCCCCUUCUACUUCUUCUUCAACUCCCUUCUUUUCGCACUCCUCCUGAUGAACAUCUACUGGUUUCUGUUCAUAGUUCAAACCGUGGUGAAGGUGCUGACGGGGCAGAUGACUGAGGUUAAUGAUGUACGUGAGUACGAGGAAGAGCAGCAGAUGAGCACAGUGCAACAGGCAGGGCACGCUGGCGACGCCGGAUCCCAGAUCUUGGUGAAAAGGGGGAAAUGCAUGAGAAACGGAAUCAUAAAGGAAAAGCAUACAUAAUGGCAUCAUUUCUGCCGCUCUCAGGAGACGAACACAAGCAGUGCUGACCUGGUUUUAUUUUAGUUUACUUCAGUAGACUUCAAAUUGUCGAGUGGUUUAGCAAAAAAAAAAAAAGUGUUCUAAAGGGAUGCGUUUAUUUAUAUUUUAAAAAAUUGUAGCACUUAUCUCAGAUUGUUGUCUUCUAUUUGUUUAAAGAUGGCGCCUGCAGUUAUGUGGAAAAACUUUGUAUGUUUAAGUUGUAACUUUACUAGAUACACUGCAAAAGGCCUGGAUGAACGAGAAACUGUUGGGGACUGUAUCGAUUACGGGAACACGUCCUUCUCGGUCUUUAAUCUGAGGACUGAGCGGAUGUAAAAAACAAAGGGAAAUAUAAUUUUUCGCCUCUUCGCAAUGGAACGGUGUGUCCUGAGAAUAUUGUCAUCGGUUCUCCAGCUUACAUGGAUCUUUAAAACCUGUGUCAAAGUAUCAUGGGUACAGAAUAUAAAUGACUUAUUUUUUCACUGAAAUGGUAGCAUACAAGCUGAUUACCGAGAGCUGAUGUGUGUUUAUAUAACUCUUGUUUUAUUCGAAUUAGUCUAGUGGAAUGACACAUGAAGUGGUAAAAAAUGGUUUAGUUUGUGCUUUUACAAGUGGUCUGCGUAAAAUCGGAAUUGGGAACAGACCAUAUUCAUAUAUACGGACAUAUAAGUGAAACGGGUUUUGAUUCUAAAAUUAUCCAUCAGCUUUUGAGUUAAAAUACCAUAUCUGAGUCCAAUCUGGUCUCUACACUGAUAGUAAACACGAACUGGAAGAGGAAAACGGAUGCUAAAUGGCUGAUGCUGUGGUGUCUUCCAGUUUAAUAGCUCUAUUUUUCAUUAAUAUUCCUUUGCUAGGUUGGGUUUAAGUAUUUAAUAGCUGAUGUUCCAGAAAGGUGGGCAAUUAUUGUUUUGUUGCUGUUGUCGCUGUGCGUCAGGUACUGCGUAAUGCAGCUCUGAGUUGUGCGUUGUCUUCUGCUACUUCUCUGGUCCGCCAAGGCCACCAUGACAAAACAGAAUGAUCUGGUCAGGUGCCACCGAAAUGUUAGCAAGGUAUUACACUGGCCUCCAGCACAUCUGAGUCUUAACAAGGGGAUGUGGAUAUCGUCUCCCCCC